UACGUUUUACCGUUAUAUACGUGUAAUGCUAAUUGCGUUUAGUUGUAAACACGCAAUUCCAAUUUGUUGAAGAUCAUUUGUUGAUGAUCUCCGAAGACAAUCAACGAACCAGCUGAUCAAUGAAGACCACGAUCUGGGUGAGAUAUGUACAACAAAAAUAAAUCGUCAAUUCUUUACGUUUCAGGAAAAGCUUCGCUUAAGGGGAGAGAUGCAGUAGAAACUCCUAGAGAUACAAACGCUUUUACGAUCUCCUGAGUAGCAGGUUUCAAGGGGGAACACAGAAAUGGAACCCCCGCAGGAAUUUCCAUUUCCCUUCCCGGCGUACGAAAUUCAGAAGCGAUUUAUGAGAGAGCUCUACGGUUGCUUGGAAAGCGGCAAGCUGGGUCUCUUCGAAAGCCCGACUGGGACUGGGAAGUCGUUGUCCCUCAUUUGCAGUUCGCUCAGAUGGCUGGUCGAUCACGAGGGUCGAAGGAAACAGGAGUUAACUUCGACGAUCGCGGAGAUAGACAGCAAAAUCAAGAGCUGCGAGAAGCCGUCGGAUAAUUGGUUUACGGUGCAGACGGAGCAGAUAGAGCUUAAUGCUAAGAAACAGCCGUUGCAGGCCAAGCUAAAUGCGCUCCUCGAGCACGAAGGCGAGAGGGAGAAACUUAAGAAAAUGGUUGAAUCAAAAAAGGCCGCGCGAACGAAAACAACUGGAAAAAUAAGGCAGCAACCCACGAAAAAAGCUCUGGAGUCGGAUAAGACUGAGGAAGCGAACUCUGAUAUCUGUGACGUUGAGAAGGAUCUUAUCUUGGAGGAUGGCUUGUCGAAUUCGGAAAGUUCUGAGGAGGAAGAUACGAACGAACCGUUAUUUCAGAACACCAAGAUUUUCUUCUGCUCCAGAACACAUUCACAGUUGACGCAGUUUGUCCAUGAAUUGAAGAGGUCUCCCUACUCUCAAGACGUUUCUGUAGUACCGGUCUCGUCGAGACAAAAUUACUGCAUCAACAAAAAUGUCAAGAGAUUGAAGCAUAUCAAUCUGAUUAACGAAGCCUGUCUUCAGUUGCAAAGAAAAAAGACUACCGUUAAGAAGGAAAAGGACUUAAAGAGAUCAAAAGUCGCAAGCGGUUGCCCCUUCAUCCCGGGUGAUCAGAAACUGCUAAUGGCUGAGGUUCUAACAAACAUUCAAGAUGUCGAGGAGAUAACGCAAAGAGGACAGGAAAGUAACACUUGUCCAUAUUACGGCUCGAGAAAAUCUCUGCAGAAUGGACAGUUGAUAUUGGUGCCCUACAACUCAAUUCUUCAUAAGAACACCAGAACCAGUUUAGGAAUAGACUUAAAGGGAAAUGUAUUAAUAAUAGACGAAGCUCACAAUUUACUGGAUGCCAUCGAAGGAAUGCACAGUUCUGUAAUUACCGGGAGAAAUUUGCUCCACUGUUACAGUCAGCUGUCGCAAUAUCAAAAAAGAUUUGAGUCUUUGUUCUCUGCUAGAAGCGUGAUGUAUCUAGGCCAGCUAAGUUUUUGCUUGAAGAAGCUUCUAACUCUCUUUGGAGCAACAACGAAGUCUCAUCCCGGUGACGAGAUCAACAAAACAAUAACACCGAGAUUAUACAAAAUAGAAGAGUUCGAAGUGCUUACGGAGAUUGAUACAGUAAACGUAUUCAAACUACUGGAAUUUGUUAAAGCUUCAAAACUCAUUCAUAAGUUACAAGGAUUUGUCGAGCAGUACGGCAAUAGCAUAAAGAUCAAUGAACAAAGGAUAAAGAAAUCUGGCGUAACAGAAUUUUUAAACUCGAUUAAAAGCAAUGAUGUACCUUCUCAAGAAACUGUUAGCGUUACGGACGCGCCAAGUAACAACGAAGAACAGACGAGCAAUCCAUUAAUGGCAAUCUUAAGCUUCUUGGAGUGCUUAAAGAGCAGCUGCGCGGACGGCAGAAUAUGUGUUUUACCUAGCACUACUGUUGGACAAGGAAUUAUAAAAUUUCUAUUGUUAAACCCAGCAGCACAUUUUCAUGAUAUCGUGAGAGAUGCCAGAUCUGUGGUAUUAGCCGGUGGCACAAUGGAACCAAUGUCUGAAUUCAUAGAUCAGUUGUUCUUAAUGGCAGGUGCUACACCAGACAGAAUUAUGACAUUUUCAUGCGAUCAUGUGAUUCCUAAGGGAAAUAUUAUAUCCAACGUCGUAAUGCGCGGUCCAACUGGAGUUGAAUUUGAAUUUAAUUUUCAUAAUCGACAAGAUACAAGAUUGCUGGAUGAAUUAGGUAGAGCACUAUUAAAUUUAUGUAAUGUUGUACCAGCUGGAAUAGUAGUAUUCUUCCCAUCUUACAACUAUGAAGAUACAGUAUUUAAGCAUUUAGAUAAAUCCGGUAUUAUAUCCAAAAUUUCUGCAAAGAAACGUAUCUAUCGUGAACCUAAAUUAGCAUCGCAGGUUAAUGUAAUAUUAGAUCAAUAUGCACAUUCUAUCAAGAAUCCACAAUCCCCGUGUAAUGGAGCGUUGCUGUUCAGCGUAGUGGGUGGUAAAUUAAGCGAAGGUUUAAAUUUCUCUGACGACUUGGGCCGAUGUGUUAUAGUCGUUGGCUUGCCCUAUCCCAAUAUUAAGUCACCAGAAUUACAAGAGAAAAUGAAAUAUUUAAACGAGCAUGUCAAACCGGACGCCGGAAGUAGCUUUUACGAAAAUUCUUGCAUGAAGGCAGUGAAUCAGUGUAUUGGCCGAUCCGUUCGUCACAUCAAUGAUUAUUCGACGGUUGUGUUAUUGGAUAAACGUUACUGUCAUAAAGUCAAAGUACUACCUCAAUGGAUUCAACGCUCUGUGACGAUCAACGAUUCAUUUGGAUCUGUAGUUGGUAACAUCGCAAAAUUUUUCGCAGCGAAAAGAAUCAAGAAAACUUAAUCUGUGAUAAAAACAGUGACUCGUCGGUAGAUUAAUUAGAAAUGUAAUAUUACAAAAUUAAUAACAGUCGUUAAAUAAUAAUAUCUGUAAUAGUUUUUCUACUUUUAGACUGAU